AUGAACUGGAAGGUUCCUGAACACACAUCCCAGCCGCUGUAUGUCUUGACAACCAAAACAUUCAUUCUCUGCCUGGCAUUUGCUGGAGUAAAAAUAUACCAAAGGAAAAGUCUGGAAGCAAAACAGCAAACACUGGAAGCUGAAAAGAAGAAGCAAUGA